GGCAGAAGAUGAGUUUAAGGAGGAUGAAGACAGAGAUGAUGGGGAUAUGAUGUAUAUGCAUAGCAUUUCUUCUGGAAGUGAAAAAAAUGGAAUCCGAAAACAUAAUUGACCCGUAUGACGACAAUCGGGAUCUCAGUCGGCAGUCCUUCAGGAGUGCAAAGAAAACUUCUCGAGCAUCAUCCGCCCAAAAACAGAAACACAACAAGAAUUUCCGGGAAAAGAUCCAGGAUGAGGAUGAGAAGGAGGGGAGUGUCAAGAGUAGAUCGAAGACUAGAAUUUGGCAUUCAGAUCCUGAUCGGGACCACAUAUCAGAUGGAGAGGGACGGAGAAGUGGUGAGUCAUUUUACUCAGAAGACUAUGAGAAUGAGUCUCCCUCCGAGCGCUCAAUUUCACAGUACUCCCAGUCCCGGACUCCAUCCCCUACUCCACAAAGAGGGAUGCGUGCAAAGAGGAUUUCGGGCAGUCCCCUCUGCAAGACAGGUGGUGUGGGGCGGCGGGGUGUGUCUCGGCCACAGCGCCCAGGUGGUCAACCCCAGCAGUAUCGUAGGGGAGCGCAUUCACAAAGCAAGGAGUCCACACCUCCUAAAGAGCUGGACCUGGUAACCAAACGGAUGCUUUCAGCUCGCCUGCUAAAGAUCAAUGAAUUGCGUAAUGCUCUUGCAGAGCUGCAGCUGCGUACCAAUGAGCUGCGGAAGGAAAAUCGAAUUCUCAGACAGCUUCAGGUGCGUCAAGAGAAAGCCCUGCAGCACUAUGAUGACACAGAAAGUGAGAUUUCCCAACUGAUAGCCCGCCACUCCAACGAAAUGCAUGUGCUGCGGGAAAGGUUGAAGCGCACUCAGGAACGUGAACGGGCAGCCGAGCGGCAGCUUAGGUAUAGCGAGGAGCAGCUGCAGAGGAGUCAGGUGACCAUCGUCCGGAUGAAGAAGUUAAUCAAUCAGCGAGAGUUAGGAGCCAGAGAUGAGCUGAGCCGCAGCCUAGAGGAAGAGAGGACACGGGCCCAAGAGGCAGAACGCAAAAUUAAGGAGCUGGAGCGUAGCAUAGAGCUGAGCAACAGCAGUUACCAGAGGCAGCUGGCUGCAGAGAAGAAGAAAACUAUCAGUGCCCAGGAGGAGAUAAGAGCUCUGCAGGAGGAGCUGGAGCGACUGACCAAUAAACUCAAGGAGAAGGAGAGAGAACUAGAUGCCAAGAAUAUUUAUGCUAACCGAAUGGGGAAACCCUUAACAAGAAAAGAUACUGACAGCAAGCGGAAAAUCCCCAGCAGGAACAGCAGCAAGGCAGUACAAACUGAAGACAGGACGUGUAGUCUGGAUUUCCCCACGCCUCCCCCUGCCAUCACUGAUGCCAAUGAGUACAGUGAGCAGGCACCUGACGAAUACCUUUCACUCAAGGAGCUUGACAGAGGGGACAGGAAAGCAGAGGCAGACGACAGACAUCAAAACUGCGAACAGCAGAAGAUGAGAGAAAAAGAAAGAGACAGGGAGAAGGGUUUGGUGAAAGAGAGGGAGCAGGAGGAGAAGGGCAAGCUGCAACUCAACCAACAGAUGAAUGUGCUUGAAGAGAAGGCAAAGAGACUAAGAGAUGGCUGGGGGAAAGAAAAGGAGGAAGAAGAGAAAAGGAGGACAAGUUCCCUGUUAAAGAGGGAGGAAGAGAACAACAAGAAGCGUAGCUAUGUCCAAGAAGAGGUGGAGAAGUGGAACCAGGAGGCUCAGACCAAUCAGAAUACAACAGGGGAAGCACAUCGCAGAAAAGAGCAGCUGCUGGCCAAGAUGCAUGAAAUAGACUGUCAAAACCAGGGAGCCCAGGACCCCAUGUUUGCUGAGUCUAGUCCCUCUGACUCCAACAAGGGAACCGGUGAUUAUUUUUCUCCUCGUCCGCCUGAGCAGAGGAACCAGAACUCUUCCAUUUUUAACCUCACAGAAUCAGAGGAGUCAGCAAGUUUGCACAAUGAAAGCAGGGAAGCUGGAAGGAAAAGAUCGGGCAUAGAGGGGAGGAGAGCAGUGCGGUCCCAAAUAUCCAAUGACGACUUGGCUUUUGGAAGCUACGCUCCUUCUUUUGGACAUUCAUCCUCUCAGUGUUCUCCUGGCUUCCCUCCACCUCCGCCUAAAGAGGACAGGGACUCUGCAUUAGAGGCAAUAGGGAUUUUUAGUCUCAGAGCAGCGGAGACCGAGAAAGAAAAAGAGGUAGAAAGAGGAGCAGGGAAGGACCGGAAGUCAAACCUCAUGCAGCAGCUGUUUGGUACCCUGGCGACACCUGAUGGCAACAGCGUAAGCUCCACCAAUAAAAUGGAGGUCCUCAGUAGUCCCCCGACCACCAAUGGUGUACGUCCAAGAAGGGAAGGAAUGCUCAGCUUCAACUCAGGGUCUUCCAGUCCUCCAACAUCUUCACUGAACACUCUACACAUUGCAGACAGCAGACCCGCCAUCCGUGCCAUCCCCUCAUUCGAUGAUGACAUAGAGGAGCUCACUUUGUAGAAUUCAUUUUGGUUGGCAAUUGAAUUCAGGUUUAAAUUCAAGUCUUAACACUAUUGAUUUGUGUUACGUUAUAAAAAUGUCAACAUUACAAGAACUAAACAGAAGGUAAACAAAACCUCUUUCUA